CGCGGCCAUCUGUUCGACGGGGCUACUUCUGCAAAACUCAUCCUGUCCUUGUCUUCUGCAGCCUCAGUCGUCGGAUGAGACAUUCCCCCUGACUUGAUUCAACCUUCUGAGCAUUGAGGACCAUCAACGGCGUAUCUUCUCCCGCACAUUCCUCAUCCAACAGUGAACAUGUACUCCAAGUUCUGGCCCCUGGGCGGCCUUCCCGGGAUUCUGCAUCACUAUACGGAGACUCUGGUGACCUUUGAGUACACAGGCGCCGUCGCCGCCGCGCUGCAGCCUCACAGCAUCCUCUUCGUCGGCGGCCUCGGAGACGGCCUUGCCACGACGUCGUACCUCGCCGACGUCGUCGAGGCGCUGCAGCCGACGGAAUGGUCCCUCUUCACGCUGGCCCUCACCUCUUCGUACCAGUCGUGGGGCCUAGGCCAUCUCGACCGGGACACGGAUGAGAUUGCGCAGUGCGUGCGCUACAUCAAGGACUACAAGACGGCCAAGUACGGCGCUGGCGGCGGCAACGUGAUCCUCAUGGGCCACUCGAGCGGCAGCCAGUGCGUGCUUCACUACCUCUCGCGGCCGAACCCGCACGCGGGCAAGCCGCCCCCCUUUGACGCGGACCUCGAGCACGUCGAGCGGCCGCCCGUCGACGGCGCCAUCAUGCAGGCGCCCGUGUCGGACCGCGAGGCCCUCCAGUGGGUGCUGGAGACGGGGUUUGGCGACAAGUCGCCCGCGGACAUGCGCGUGCUCUACGACGAGAUGCUGGCGGCCGCCGAGCGAGCCGCGGCAUCGAACUCUGAGCUCGACACCAUCUUGCCCUUGUCGCUGACGUCGCCCAUCUACGGGUACAACACACCGCUGAGCGCACGACGGUUCCUGAGUCUCGCCAGUCCGACGAGCCCGCGGGCGCCCAGCGAGGACGACCUGUUCAGCUCCGACCUCGGUCCCGCGCAGCUGCGGCGGACGUUUGGUAGGAUCAGAGGCGUGGGCUUGCUCCGGAACAAUCUCAUGGUCCUAAUAUCGGGCGCGGACCAGUCCGUGCCUGACUGGGUGGACAAGGAGGAGCUGCUGGCGAAGUGGAAGAGGGCGACGGAUAGCGGCGCGGACGGGUCGCCGGAGGUUAUUUGGGAUUCGGAGCAUAGUGCGGUCAUCCCGGGGGCGUCGCACGCUCUGAGUGAUGAUGACCAGGAGGAGCCGCGGAUGUUUCUUGUGAGAAAGGUGAUGGGGUACUUGGAGUCGUUGUCAUAG